AUUAAAGGUUUACUGAAAAAAUAACUGAACAAUCUGCUUAAUAAUUUCAAUCACUUUUAUGUCAUCUUAAUUAACCAAUAAGAUAAAGCUACAAUUCAUGAUUGAUGCACCUGAGAAACCAGGAUAUGACACUGCGAAAAGUUACCAGACACAGUCUGCUAUAUCUUUUCUGUCAAACUAACGCGUUUCUCGAUGUAUCCGUGUAAUGAGAGUAAAUGAAUAUGUAAAUGUGAUGUAAAAUGUCUUUACUACGGUUUUUCACUUAAAAUAUCUGGAAAAAUGUAAUACAUGCAGGUACCGGAUGUUAUGAUUAAUAUGGUUUUCAUAUAAUUCUAUACUUCAAAUGUAUAAAAUUCAUGCAAUAUAAAUAAAUAGAAUUGAUUAGUAAUAUGUUGUAAAAAAUGCCAUCUGAAAAUAAUGUCAAAGAUACAGCUUGUGGGAAAGAUAAUGGAGGAGAUGAAACUGAAGAACAGAAUACAUUGUUAACGCUUGGCACAGGAAACGAAGGAUCCCCAGCUGCUACAAAACAUAUGGAACCUGUAAUAAAGAAUAAUAGUAAAAAAGUAUUUACUUCUGAUGUUGAAAAUGAUUUUAUAGAAGAAGCAGAGAAUGCUUCUUUACCAUUAGAAUUAAACCAUGUACCAAAUGAAAAUGGUUUACAGCAAACAGAAGUAAUCGAUAAUACAAAUAAUACUACCAGUCCAAAUUCUUUUGAAGAACCAAGUGCAUGUUCUGAAUCAAAAUGUAAUAGAGAAAGCAUGGUUUUAAAGACUGCUGCACCGUCAACAAUAGUUAGCGAAAUUGAAAAUAGUACUAAUGUUUCAAAUAAAUUGGGUAAUGAUACUGUACAAAACUUGAGUGAGAGAUUUACAUCGUUACCUCAUAAAAAUUUAAUAAGAAAGAAGUGUUUUCUGGUUAGUACUGAUAACAAUCCUGGAAAGGUAACAAGCGUUAAUGAACAAUUACCUUUAUCCUCCAGAAACAUGAUUAGAAAGAAACAAUUUUUUAGCAAAGAUUUACAGUCUAGUAGUACAGAAUCACAGUACGAACAAAACACAGGAGAUAGACAUAACAAUAAUGAGAGUGAAGUACUUGGUACUAAUAACAGAGAUUCUGUGAAAGAUGCCUGUAGUAUACCAUUGGAAAGUAUAGCCUCGUGUAGUUCCAGCAAACAGCCACAAUUUUCGAUUGCUUCGAUACACGAAGUGCACAGCAAUGAAAUUGCCAAUGCGCAUAAAUUAUUAAACUUAGCUGAAAAUAAUAACAAAAAUGCAAACGAAAAUUUAAGCAAACUGAACGAACCUGGUAGUUCACAUUCACAUGCGUCUAAAAGUGUGCCAAAAUCAUCAAAUAAUUUGGCAGACUUAGUACAUUGUAAUGAUAUUACUAAGAAACCAUUUAAACUGCCAAUUUUAGAAAAUUUACCUGGAACUGCCAGUGCCCAACAAACAGAACUUGAAGAAAAUGCUGUGGCACUUUUAGAACCAUCAUCCUCUAAAGGUUUAGAGAUGGAACCUCGAUCUUCGAAUAGUAGCGAUGCAAGUAAUUCUGAUACAGAAUCACAGCAAGCAGUUUUAGGUCAUAAUGGGACCAAAAAGAGGCCAUGUGAUACAAAUGGUAUUGUAACGAAAGAAGGUGUGGAAUAUUAUCAAUUAUGGCGGAGUUCAGAGGGCUUUUCAUUUCCUGAAGGUUUAUACGAAACAUUGUAUCCAAACCCUCCACCACUUCCACCACGGGUAACGCACAAACUCUUACACAGAAGUAAUGCUUUGCCAUCUGGUCCGCCAGAAUUACCUAAAAGACAUCUUCAAAAGUACUCUGCACCUUUGCACCCUGAAGAUUGCUUUGGAUUUGAAAUUGUAGAUGUUGAUGAAGCCUCUAAUUCAAAGUCACGGAAAGCUGUUACAAAAAGUAUAGCAUUAUUAAGUUCACCAAGAGCGCACAGACCAUUGGAAAGACCAGAAACCGGAUUACCAAAUCAGUUAGAGUGUCCGCCAACGCCUACUCAUCGGCCAAAAUUGUUACGUCCAUUACCGAUGUAUCAAACGUCAAAUGUACCAUUAUCCUCUGAAGAACCUCUGCCUCCAUCAUGGGAAGCAAGAAUCGACAGCCAUGGUCGAGUGUUUUACAUAGAUCAUAUUAAUCGGACUACGACUUGGCAAAGGCCCAAUUUAACAACACGGAAUACAGGAUGCGAUCUUCGAAGGCAGCAAUUAGAUCGGCGCUAUCAAAGUGUACGUCGAACCAUUUCACGACCAGACAAUAUCGAUCGUGAGCCGUCCAGCUCGCAAUAUCCAAAUGGGAAUAAUUUCGAUAACCCUGAACGAUGUAACGAACCAACCGAAAGAAACGAAUCUCAGCCAUUCGACAUUACCACGAGCCCCCCAGUAUUAUUUCUGAUAAGACCAGAUUUUUUCACGGUAUUACAUAGCAAUAUGGAAGCGGUGGAAUUGUAUAAUCGUAAUUCCAGUUUAAAACAUAUGAUCAGCCGAAUCAGAAGAGAUAAAUCAGUUUUUCCAAGAUACGAGCAUAACAGAGAUUUAGUCGCGCUAAUAAAUUUAUUUGCCGAUCCCAACAAAGAGCUUCCAAGAGGCUACGAAUCGAAACUUGACAGAACAGGCAAAAGAUUUUUUAUUUGUCACGCCAGAAAAGCAACGUCUUUCAUCGAUCCAAGAUUACCUACCGAACCAACACAUACCCGGGCAUUAUUAGAUGAAGCACCUGUACCACCACCCAGACCGCAACAAUCGGCUAUUACAACUGCACCUGAAAUACCUGUAGCAUACAAUGACAAAGUUGUUGCCUUUUUACGUCAACCUAAUAUAAUGGACAUAUUAAAGGAAAGACACUCGGCAUUAGGACAAAACAUUGCGCUUCGAGAGAAAGUCAGUACUAUAAGAAUCGAGGGCACAACUGCUUUACAACGAUUGGGACACGAUGUACCACUAGCGUUAUUGUUAAGCUUAUUCGAACAAGAAAUUAUGUCAUAUGUACCUGGAAAUGUGGGUAGAUCUCCUUUGGGUAGUCCACAUGCUUCGCCUGGUUUAACGAGAGCUUCUGCCAGAGCUCCAGCUCCGUACAGGAGAGAUUUUGAAGCUAAACUUAGAACAUUUUAUAGAAAAUUAGAAAGUAAAGGAUACGGGCAAGGUCCAGGAAAAUUAAAAUUACACAUUAGAAGAGAACAUCUUCUGGAAGAUGCUUUCACUCGCAUUAUGGCAGCAUCAAAGAAAGACUUGCAAAAAGGGAAAUUAGUAGUUAUGUUUGAUCACGAAGAAGGUUUAGAUUACGGUGGACCAUCUCGAGAAUUUUUCUUUCACCUGUCGCGUGAACUUUUUAAUCCUUAUUAUGGAUUAUUCGAGUAUUCUGCCAAUGAUACUUAUACCGUACAAGUAUCACCAAUGUCAGCGUUCGUAGAUAAUUACCACGAUUGGUUCAGGUUUUCAGGGAGAGUUUUGGGUUUAGCUUUAGUUCAUCAGUAUUUGCUUGACGCAUUUUUCACCAGACCGUUUUAUAAAGCACUUUUGAGAAUACCAGCGAGUCUGAGCGAUCUGGAGAGUUUGGAUCAAGAGUUUCAUCAAAGUUUGAUGUGGAUCAAAGAGAAAGAUAUAAGUAUUGAACCAUUAGAAUUGACUUUCUCCGUGACGGAGGAACUGUUGGGACGAGUAGCUGAACGUGAAUUAAAACCGGGAGGUAGAAAUAUACCGGUUACCGAGAAAAAUAAAAAAGAAUAUCUUGAAAGAGUUGUUCGUUGGAGACUCGAGCGUGGUGUCGCUGAACAAACUGAAUCUUUGGUUCGUGGAUUUUACGAAGUUGUAGAUCCACGAUUAGUGUCUGUUUUUGAUGCACGAGAAUUAGAGUUAGUAAUAGCUGGAGCAGCUGAAAUUGAUCUUAACGAUUGGAGAACGCAUACGGAAUACAGGAGUGGUUACCACGAUGCCCAUCCAGUAGUUGAAUGGUUUUGGAGUAGUAUAAGUCGAUUUACUAACGAACAACGAUUGAGAUUGUUACAAUUUGUUACUGGCACAUCAAGCAUUCCAUACGAAGGAUUUGCAGCUUUACGUGGAUCUACAGGGCCACGAAAAUUUUGCAUCGAGAAAUGGGGAAGACCAAAUAGUUUGCCCAGAGCUCACACAUGCUUUAAUCGCUUGGAUCUUCCACCGUAUCCUACACCUGAGAUUUUAUAUGAAAAGCUUUUAUUGGCUGUAGAAGAAACAAAUACCUUUGGAAUAGAAUAAAACGAAUUUACUACGAUUACAGCAAAUAUAUGAUGAUGAUGAUGAUAUAAUGAAGAAGUGGAGCUUCAUAUUAUUUAAAUGAAGUAUCUUCAUGGAUGUAAAGGUAUAUUCGUCGCGUAUUCUAUUGUUCACAAUGAUUGGAUUUUUAAGAUCAUUACAAUCAAAACUGUAUCAAAAUGUAAAUAUCGAAGAGAAAAACAGUUGCGCAUAUUUUGAAAAUUUUAAAUAUUGUAUACAUGUUGCUGUAAUCUAUUUAUAUUAUAAAAAUUGAAUAAUAAUUCGCGAAGUAUAUGUCUUGUAUAAAAAUAAGAGAUCUGAUCUAUUGGACGAAGUAUUUCGAUAAGAAUACAAAUUACUUUUGUUCAAAUUUGAAUGAUUACGAAGAUUGUUGGAAAAACGUCAUAGGUAUAGUAAAAGAAUUGAAUUCGUAAUGAAAAAGAAACAUGUGACUUAUUUAAUGUAACUUGUUAAAAAGCUUUCUUUUCUUUCCAUUUCGCAAAAAUACAUUUAAAGGUUUUAUAUGAACGUUGAAAAACAAAUAAUGCAUUUCAUAAAGAAAAUCAUAGUACAGUGGUAUUAAUAAUUUAUUCUGUGGUCUACUUAGUUCAUAGGUACGAUGAUGAUUUCUAGUCUAUAUUUUUAAAUAUUGAAUUUGCAGCUAUUUUUCUAAUGUUUUCAGACAUUCCAUGUCAAUUUAUUUAAUACCGUCAUGAUCAGUUAAUAAUAUUAUACAAGAGAAUAAGACAAAUAAUUUUUACUCCGUAUUUAGGAAUAUCUCUUCUAAUUUAUUUUUUGAUUAACCGAAAAAUUUAAUCGCAUAUUUGUAAAACCAGAAAACCCAAUGAAUAGACAACGAACGUAUGAAUAGUAUAUGAAGAAUAUAAAGUCAAUGAAAGUAAUCAUAAUUAAAUUAUUGUUCAACUUUUUAUUUUGCAUUUAGAAUUAAUACAAACAUUUUACAGAACUGUUGUUAAUGUAUUGAACAUUCGUUUGGAAUUUGUUCACUCAGUUCUUUAAUAUUAAUUGUAGCAAAGAAUCGAUGGACAUGUAUAUAGAUGUCCUUAUGCUUCAAGAUUUACUCUACCUCUUGAACUUUAAUCUCGCUUCUGCGGCUUUUCGCAACAAAAAAUGUUCAUCUCUUAAUCGUUUAAUCGUUCUUUAUCUCUAAAAAAAAGAGCAUGUACGAAAUAUAAAAUACAACACUGGUUCCUGAAACUGUGUAAAAAAAAAUAAUGAUGAUACUUCAUUGGCAAAGUUAAUUGUUAACUAAAUUUCAUUUCUGCGAUUCUUUGAUUUUGUAUGGCGAUAAUGGCAACGAUGUUAAUAAAAUAACAAUAAUAAUCUUAAUGUAGUAAUAAUAACAACAAUAUUUAUUAAAUGGAAAUACUAAUAUUAUGUGAUUGUUGGACAUAGGUCACACUUUAUAUUAUUUGUAAACUAGUCAUGUAGCAUAGAAAAAUUGUAGACUAAUUAGUAUAUAUUGUAUACAGGCAUUAUAAUCAUAGAUGACUCGAUAUUUACAAUGAACCAUGACUGUGUGAGAGCAUUCUUUACUUUAUUGUUAAAGAAAAUAAAAUGUGCCUCUUUUGUUAUGUUA